CAUGGAGCCGGACGACCCGGCGGAAACUUUGGCGGAGCUGCCCGAGCGGCGGCUGAGCGCCUGGGAGCUGCUGCAGGUGGCGGCGGGCACGGGCCUGCUGGCCUACUCGGCGUGGGCGCUGCUGCUGCAACCGGGCUUCCGUCGCGUGCCGCUGCGGCUGCAGGUGCCCUACGUGGGUGCGAGCGCGCGGCAGGUAGAGAAUGUGCUGCGGCUGCUGCGAGGCCGCCCCGGGAAAACGGUGGACCUGGGCUCGGGCGACGGCAGGAUAGUGCUGGCGGCCCACCUGAGUGGGCUCCGCCCUGCAGUGGGCUACGAGCUGAACCCCUGGCUGGUGGGGCUGGCACGGCUGCACGCCUGGAGGGCCGGCUGUGCCCGCAGUGUCUGCUACCGUCGCGAGGACAUAUGGAAGGUGAACUUGAGGGAUUGCCACAACGUGUCUGUGUUCCUGGCGCCCAGCGUGCUUCAGCUCCUGGAAAGCAAGCUGCAGAAAGAGCUGCCCCAAGGCGCACGGGUGGUGUCCGGGCGCUUCCCACUCCCCACCUGGCAGCCCAUAGAGGUGGUGGGUGAGGGCCUGGAUCGCGUCUGGGCCUAUGAUGUCCACGGACAAGGCCCAGCUGGGCAGGUCACCUCUGUGUCCAGGGCUGCACCUGCCCAAGCCCGCUGACAGACACACAAUAAAGACUCUGGACUCCA